UUUCAGUGCCCUUGUUGAGUUAGUGGAUUACGGUACCGAAGUAUUUUCGGAUCUUCUAAGUGUGCGCCCACUACUUGCUAAGUUUGGUCGUAUUCCUCCCAUGGCAUUGAAGUGUCGAAUAAAAGAUGUUUAUAUCAAUGAUCUUAAUGCGAAGAAGCUGGAAGAUUUUCACAAGAUAAUAGAGGAAUGUAAAGGACUCGUGAGAGUUCAACUUCUUACAGUUACAGAGCCGUUUAUGAUUAAUAUUUUUCAUCCUACUUUGGAAGGCGAAAAUAUCGGUGAACUUUUCUAUACACCAACUGACAAUGAGAAUCACACUCUAGCCAAAGAGCGACGCUGGAUCGAUCAUAUAAGAAGACAGAACUGUGAAGACGACGAUUACUUUGAAACAAAUGAAGAUUCGGAGUAUGAGCUUGAAAAUGCUACCGAGCAAACUUAUGUUCGGAGAUUUGGACGUUCUCAGAAGCUUGGAUGCGCUAGCUUCGAUGAGCUAUUCGUUGGAUACAUCGAAAACGCUCGACUGAUUUACCUUCAAUCUAAAUGGAUGAUUAAUCGACGAGAAGCAAUAGAGAAGUCGAUUGCAGAUCAGGUAACAGUACAGUACUCUGCUCACGUACAGUAG